AUGCCAUCACGAGGCACACGAGGCGUGCGGGAGCCACAUCACACAUGCACUAGGAUCUCACCUAUAUCUUGCAUCCUGCUGCUGCUGCUCCCCGUCCCAGGUAGGUCUCCUCCCUCUCUCGCUCCCCGUCGUUUCUGUCGUGCUUCUCUCGUUGCAUUUCUCCCCCUUGGAGCUCACCCAGCUUGUCGACCGCUUCGCGAAGACGAGCAUCGAUCGAUGUGUCUCGUCAGCGUCAAGGAUGAAGAGCCAUGGCGAGCGCCUCCAAGAGUGAGGCAGGUCAAGAGAGUCGUCAGGACAUACUCUCCCUCGCCGCCUCCAGUGCGUCGUAUAUCGCGCACAAUCGUUGAACGAAGGCCCUCGACUCUGCCUCCACCGCCAGCUUCGAUCCCGCCUCCUCCGGCCUCCAUACAUCCACCGUCGACGAAAGCGCCAUAUGUCGCGCCUCCACCGCCCCCUCCAGAUCCGCCAGCAUCAUCAGCGCCAAAGUCCUCAAAAGCACCCAGCGAAGCUCCUCCAGCCGCGCCUUCUGCUCCUCCAUCCGUUGCACCGAGCAAGGCGCCAAGCAAAGCUCCGAGCAAGGCACCAACUGCAGCACCUGAUCCACCACCGCCAGCGCCACCUACAAAAGCCCCAAGCCGAGCACCGAGCAAGGCAGCCAGCAGGGUGCCGAGUAAAGCCCCAACCGCACCCAGUGCGUGGAACACCAGUCCCCUUGAUCAAUACGUAGAGGUUGACCACAGCUCAGUAUCGGAUUCCACGAGUGCAUCCAGCGAAGACGACGUGCGGUCGCGUUCGACCCACAAGACGUCGCAGACACACAAGUCGUCACAUACACAUCGAUCGAGCGUACCGCCUGCGAGCGAGUACUCGAUGCAUGAGAGGGAAAGGGAGAUUAGGCGCUUCUCGCGGCCGAACAGUGAGUGGGAGACGUACCGCUAUGUCGAGCCUCCGCGCUCGCAUAGCAGGAGCUUGAGCAGGCGCUCUGGGUAUGAUUCUUCCAACAAUAGUCAUGACGAUUACCACAAGCUGAAAGAACGGAUAGCUAUCGUUGACGGUGGAGGGAGGACGAGGAUCGAUAGACGGGCUUGA